AUGAAAAUCCUGUUUUCCGACGAGAAAAUGUUUGACAUUGAUGGGGUAUACAAUGCUCAGAAUGAUCGGGUGUGGGCUGCGGAUCGUGAGGAAGCUGAUAGGAACGGCGGGAAGAAACAAAAACGUAAAUUUCCACAGAAAGUUAUGGUAUGGUUAGGUGUGUGCUCAAAAGGUGUUACACCGCUGGUUAUUCUGGACAAAGGUAGUGUCGAUCACGAAAGAUACAUUAAGGAAGUCUUACCAGUUGCACUUAAAUAUGGAAACAAGAUUUUUGGUGAUGAUUGGAUUUAUCAACAGGAUGGUGCAACGGCGCACACCCACGAUUUAACUCAAAAGUGGUGCAAAGACAACUUUCCGUCAUUUUUGGACAAAGGCCAUUGGCCGCCAAAUUCACCGGAUUUGAACCCACUCGAUUACUCAAUAUGGGACGAAUUCGUUCAACAAAUGAACUGGGACAAUGUUCAGUCGAAAAAGACAUUAAUUAACGAGCUGAAGCGAGCAGUAAAACGAAUUAGAGAAACAGUCAUUUUUGAAAGCUGUAAAAGUUGGACUAACAGAUUGUACCGUUUGAAAGGAAAUGAUUUUGAAUAUUUACAUUAA